ACUAUAGAGCAUACUCCCAGCGUAUAUAACAAUCCCAAGUGCACUGAUCUCAAGAUUUGAGGCUGUUGCACUUCUCUGAGUGUAAAAUAAAUUUGCAGGAUGUGGAGCGAGCUAUAUAAAUGCGCUUCCCGUAAAGAACUCUUCUUCAGAACUCCCCUUGAAAAUCACCUACUAUUCAUAUUUUCUUUAAAAUGUCUAAUAGUGAUGAAGUGGCUGUUGGAAUCGAUCUAGGAACAACAUAUUCAUGCGUUGGAGUUUGGCAACAUGAUCGAGUUGAAAUUAUUACAAAUGAUCUUGGCAACAGAACUACACCAUCAUGUGUUGCUUUCACCGAAACGGAGCGUUUCAUUGGCGAAGCUGCUACAAAUCAGGCCGCUCUUAAUCCUCUCAACACCGUCUUUGAUGCCAAAAGGUUAAUUGGAAGGAAAUUCUCAGAUUCAACUGUUCAAAGUGACAUGAAGUUCUGGCCUUUUAAGGUGAUCGGGGAUUGUGAUAAGAAGCCUAAGAUUGUUGUGAAUUACAAAGGUGUAGAGAGACAAUUCUCACCUGAGGAGUUGUCUUCAAUGGUCCUUCUUAGAAUGAAGGAAAUUGCCGAAGACUAUUUGGGAAAGAAUGUUACCAAUGUUGUUGUCACUGUCCCCGCACAUUUCAGUGACUCACAGAGGCAAGCUACUAAAGAUGCAGCAAGAAUAGCCGGACUCAAUGUUUUGCGCAUUCUUGUUGAGCCAACAGCUGCUGCAGUUGCUUAUGGUCUUGACAAGCAGCUUACAAGUAGUUCAGCAGGGGAGAAAGUUGUCCUUAUAUUUGAUCUUGGUGGUGGUACUUUUGAUGUUUCCCUUCUUAAAAUUAAAAAGGAUAAUGUUAAGGUACUGGCUACAGCAGGCGACACCCACCUUGGCGGUGAGGACUUCGAUAAUCGUUUGUUAAACCAUGUCGUUGAAGAUUUUAAAACGAAGUACAAAAAGGAUAUUAGUAGAGAUGCUAAAUCUCUAAGAAGAUUGAGAAAUGCUUGUGAAAAGGCGAAGAGGUUUCUUUCUCAUACUGGUACGACAACUAUUAAUGUAGAUUCUUUGCAUGAGGGAAUUGAUUACUCUGCUAAAAUUACACGUGCCAAAUUUGAGAACUUGAACUUGGACUUGUUUAGAAGUUGUGUGGACACCGUGAAGAAGUGUUUAGAAGAUGCGGGAAUGGACAAGAGUAAGGUCGAUGAUGUUGUUCUUGUGGGUGGUUCCACAAGAAUUCCCAAAGUGCAACAGCUACUGCAACAAUUUUUCAAUGGGAAGGAACUUUGCAAGAAUAUAAAUCCCGAGGAAGCUGUUGCUUAUGGUGCAGCUGUCCAAGCUGCUAUCAUAAGUGGAGAGCAUAAUCAGAAGAUCAUGAACCUGGAGCUGCUUGAUGUUACUCCUCUGUCUCUUGGGGCCAGAUAUUAUGGCGGAAUCUUUCAUGUAAUUAUUCCAAGGAACACAAGUAUUCCCAAUUCAACGACAGAAAAAUGUUAUACAAGCAGGGAUAAUCAAACAACCGUUGGGUUCAAUGUUUUCGAGGGUGAGAGAGCAAGAGCGGCAGACAACAAAUUACUUGGGAAGUUUGAACUCUCUGACCUGCCUCUUGCCCCAAGGGCUAAAGUAGAAAUGGAAGUAACCUUUACAAUUGAUGCUGAUGGGGUACUAAAUGUUUCUGCUGAGAAUAAGAUUACUGGAACGAAGAACAGCAUAACAAUUAAGAGAGAAGGAAUUCUUACAGAGGAGGAGAUUGAAAAAAUGAUAAAGGAUGCUAAACAGUUCAAGGCUGAAGAUGAGGAGUUUAGUAAGGUCAAGGCAAGGGUAGCCUUCGACGGCUGUGUAUAUAAGAUUAGGGACAUGAGUGAAGAAAAUGACAAGCUUGAAGCUUCUGUUAAGAGUAUGAUCAGUUAUUAUUUCAAAGAGGCUACUCAAUGGAUAGAUGCAAAUCCAGAUGCCGAAGCCUACGAGUACGAAUACAAGAAGAGGCAGUUUGAAGCAACCUGCAGUCAACUCAUUCCUGGCAGUGCACAAGAUUCAGAAAGUUGAACAAUCAUUGUUUGAUUGCAAGAUGUAAGUUGUUUAUUUUGUUUCGAUUUUCCAAUUCGAACUUUUUGUAAUCUUUAGGUGUGAUGGUUGCAACAUGACAAUUUAGAUCAUGUUACCUGGAUUACUGGACAAUUUAUAUUCUAAUACAGAUUUAGAGAUAGUUGUUGGCUUUGUCUAAUAUUAACUUGUUCAAACUCGAUUUUACCCCGUCAAUUGACAUUGUGAUCUAUGAA